GUACUGUUUCUCAGUACAAUAAAAAGUGUCGUGAGACAACAGCGACGUUCUCUAGUUAAUGUCAUACAUUAGUGCCGUCGACUUCAUCAGGACACGUGCAGUUGUUUUUUAAAUUUUACGUUCUGUAAAUAAAAACAAUGUCAUUUAUUUAUAAACGGAUCCUCGUUUAACUGUUUUUAACGGACUCUUCAGUCUGAUUGGUCGCUGCGCUGUUAUCCCGCCCCUUACAGGUUCAGCGUGCUUCCGCUCCCAAAAAUGGCGACCUGCAUCGCGACGCUGGUGCGAGCCGGCGCGCGCCGCGCUCUACGGCCGUUCUCGUGGUCCGGUUGCCGGGACGCCGCGCUCGCGCUCCCGCGUCACCGCCGCGUUCACAGCCUGCGGAGCAGCCUGUACGAGCACGUGCGGGACGGUUUCAGCGACAAGCCCGAGCUGGACAUGAGACGCGUGUGUGAGGAGACGGAGAAAGUGAUGGCGAACGUGGAGCGGAGGAAGGGCGAGCUGCGGGCGGAGGACAUCCCGCAGAUUGUGUCUGUUUGGAAGCAGCUGCAGGCGGUCCGAGGGGAGAUCUCCCGGCUGGAGGAGCAGAAGGAGAACGUCCGCGCAAGAGUCCGAGCUCUCGUGGAUCAGCAUGACAAGAAGGUUUUGUCCACCCUGCCGGAGUACCAGCGGGCGAGGACUGAAGGGCGGGAGAUCCGUAACACUCUGAACCAGCUGUACCGGCUGGAGAGCGAACUGGAGCAGAAGCACUACCUUCGCGCCCUUCUCCUACCCAACACGACGCACCCUAGUGUGCCUGUUGGAGAUGAGAGCCAGGCCACGGUGGUGGAGUCGGUUGGCCGGAAACGAGAGUUCGACUUCGAAGUGAAAGGGCACCUGGAAAUCGGGGAACGGCUCGACCUUAUCAGGCAAAGGCGCCUGGCCCACGUUUCAGGUCACAGGUCGUAUUAUUUGAGGGGAGCCGGGGCUCAGCUCCAAACAGCCCUGCAGAACUUUGUUCUGGACACGCUUCAGCGGAAGGGCUUUAUCGCCAUGGUCGUGCCGGACUUGCUGAAGGCUGCUGUGUUUGAAGGCUGUGGGAUGCAGCCCCACGCUCACCAGUCGCAGGCCUAUUGCCUGGACCCUUCUCGCUUUCCUGACCUUCGACUGGCCGGCACCGGAGAAGUGGGUAUAGCAGGGUACUUCAUGGACCAUGCCGUGAACAUCAAGGACCUGCCUGUCAGGACAGUAUGUUGUAGCACGUGUUACCGGGCCGAGACAGACACCGGAAGAGAAACCUGGGGGCUUUACAGAGUUCAUCAGUUUAAUAAGGUCGAGAUGUUCGGAGUGACGGCCAACGAGACGGGAGAGGAGAGUUCCCAGUUACUGGAGGAGUUCGUCUCCCUUCAGAAGGAGAUCUUCUCAGCUCUGGAGCUGCAUUUCAGAGUGCUGGACAUGCCUACUCAGGAACUGGGACCCCCAGCCCACAGGAAGUUUGACAUUGAGGCUUGGAUGCCAGGGCGAGGCAGCUAUGGAGAGAUCUCCAGCGCUUCCAACUGCACAGAUUACCAGAGUCGACGUCUGAACAUCCUGUAUGAGGGGGAGACGGGGAGUCUGCACUACGCCCACACAGUGAACGCCACGGCCUGUGCCAUCCCCCGCAUGAUCAUUUCCAUCCUGGAGACCCACCAGAUGAAGGAUGGCACUGUGCGAGUGCCCCGUGUCCUGCAGCCCUACAUGGGAUCAGAAGUCAUAGAGAAGCCCAAAUACACGCCACUGAAAUACACCGGACCAAACCAGCGGUAUCCGGACCACCGUCCCAGACCCAUGCCGAGAUGACACGUCCUGACCUUGACAGUACUAUUGUUUACCUGACUCACUUUCUCCAUUUUCAAUGCAGGGAUUAUUCGCUAUCUUCAUCACUUUCUCGAACAACUGCAUUGCCUGGAAUGAAAUCAUUAAUAACUAUUUAAAUAUACUGUAUUUGUCAUGUACUCCGUGUAUAGUGAUGCUGUAAGAAAUGUAUAAAGACCAAAGUCUUUCCAACUUGCAUCUAAAAAAAAAAAAAAGCAGU